GGAAACAGGGUACAGGCCACUGCCUUCCAAGGUGACAUCGAAGGGAUAGAUCAGCGCCUUGUAUUACACUCAACAUACCUUAUCUCGAAUGCGUAUGUAAAGCGAAUUGCCAACAUUCGCUUUUGUGUUGACGCGGAGUACCCCUACGUUUGGUCUUUCACCCGCCGCACCUUGAUCCGAGAUGUUGCUGCCCAGGAAGGAGAAGACUUCCGCCAGUUAGCUGAGGCAGAUAUCACUGCUUUUACUGAUAUGUACGCUGCUUACAUACGUCAUGACCGUAUCAAGGUUUUGGCUGCAAUAGUGAAAAAAAUGCCUCGCACCUUUGUGUUCACAAACAAUGUUCAGAAACCAGCAUGGGAUGUGAUUCUCGUUGAUGAACAGUGCAUCCCAAUCCCAUUCACAAUGUGGGAGGAAUUCAUCACGCGCCAUGGUUGUGAGAUUGAUAAGUGUUUGGAAGCUGGAGAUUUUCCCCUUAUUCUCAUAAACAGGGCUGGUAUCAACAUUUUCCAAGGGUUGACGCUUUCAACUCGUUUUGACUGUCAUGUUGAACUCCAUCCACAAGGGGAACGCUCUUUCCGCUUGAAAAACUGG